AUGAGAAUUAAAGAAAGCACAUUUUCAAAUUUAGAUAAUCUUGUUUUUAAAUGUCUUUUAAAUGUAAGGAGCAGAAAUGUGACAAUAUCAGCAACAAUUCUUAAAACAAAAGCCAGAGAACUUGAUGAAAAAAUUAAUAUAAAUGGAUUUCAAGCGUCUGAUGGUUGGCUUGAUCCUUGGAAAAAUAGAUAUAAUGUUUCUUUCAAGACGGUAUGUGGAGAGGGUAACUCUUGUACAUCUGAAAUGACCACACAAAGGAAGGAAACAACUAUCCCCACAAUUUUAUCCAGGUAUAAACUUGAUGAAAUUUAUAAUGCAGAUGAAUUUGGAUUGUUUUUUUGUAUGCAACCUAAUAAGUCACUUAAUCUUCAAUCUGAGACAUGUAUAGGGGAAAAGCACAGUAAAAUUCGUUUUACAGGAAUGGUCGCAGCAUGUGCAGCGGGUGAUAAAAUUCCUAUGUUUGUAUUAGGAAAAUCAAAAUCACCUCGCUGCUUCAAAGGAAUUAAGCAAUUACCUUGCAGAUACAGAAAUCAAAAUAAAAGCUGGAUGGAUAGCGUACUGUUUAAAGAGUGGAUACGAGAAAUGGAUACAAAGUUUACAAAAGAAAAGAAGAAAAUAGCGUUCAUAAUAGAUAACUGCCCAGCACACCCGACGGUUGAUAAUCUAAAAUCUAUUAAGCCUAUUUUUUUACCACAGAACACCACAUCUAAACUUCAACCAAUGGAUCAGGGAGUUAUACGCUCUUUGAAAGUUUAUUACAGAUCUUUGGCAUUACAAAGGCUGGUCGUAGAAAUUGAUAAAAAAAAAGAUCUUCCUGUUUUCUCAAUUUUAGAUGCAAUGAAAAUGCUUCAUCUUGCAUGGCAAAAAGAAAUGAGAUAA